AGGCAUGCUUGAUUACUGUAAUCGAUACAGUGAAGGUAUUUAUAAAGUGUCAGAAACAUUUGGCCCUAAUCCUAUGAUGGAAGGAGAAACUUUAAAAAAAUUAAAUGAAGAAAUAUGCAAGAUAUGUCCUCUUGAAAAAAUACCAGAACGACGCCAGUUUAGAGAAGCCCGUCUUGCCGAUCUGUCUCAAUUGAAAAAAACUUUAGAUGAAAGGGAAAAGGGACACUAAGAAUAAUUUUUAGUACUUAAAAUAAUAUUAUUUUAGAUCUGAUAGUUGCAGUCUUGUUGUGAGAAAAUUUUUUUAAUAAUCUUUUGAAGAAUAUAUAUUUUUGUAUAGAUCAUUGUUAUGAGUCUCAUGUAUACAGAUUUUAUUUUUUGACAAUAAAAAGUUAUUUUAAAAAAACUUAUAUGGUUUUC